ACCACACUGAAUUCGAGGUAUAAAAUGAUUGGGAACCCUAGCUUAUUAUGUGACCACCCUACUAUGUAAGUUUGACAGCUGUAGCGUACAGCAAAACAAAAACAAAACAAAAAGUGUAAAAAACCUUGUCGGGAUGUAAUUUUUGGAGCAUUCGAUUUAAGCUUUUACAGAGUAAUAAGUCAACGUGAAACAUAGAACAGUGUUCGAUCACCAACUAAAGUACGUUUUUCACCUGUGCAAACUUCUGGUACUGCGAAAAAAUAAAGAUGCCGCGAAAAGUUACCGGAAAAUGCAGCGGAAGAUGCCGGAAACCCGAGAGGCGCUUGUGGACAGCUGAAAAACUAUCACAGGCCAUUAAGUCGGUAAAGCACGGCAUGUCGCGAAACCAGGCAGCGAGAAUUUAUGGCAUUCUAAAACGUACCCUUCGUCGGUAUUUGGAAAGGCAAUUGGGAGCAAUUGGAAAUCCGGAACAGGUAAAGUUAAACCCUCUGGGAAGCUUCAAACCCGUUUUCACGCAGGAGCAGGAGCAGCAGCUUGUGGACUACGCCAUCGAUAUGGGCGAAUGUUUCUACGGACUGAACGCCAGAGAAAUGCGCAGCUUGGCAUUCCAGAUGGUGCAAAAAAAUGGAAUCCCGCACCCGUUUGACACGAAGCUCAAGGUAGCUGGUCCAGAUUGGCUGAAAGGCUUUCUUCAGCGACACCCGAGCCUCACAUUGCGAACGCCGGAAAACACCUCGCUAGCGCGGGCAAGAGGUUUCAAUCGGGAAAGUGUCGGGAAGUUUUUCGAUCUUUUGGAACGGAUCACCGACGAACACGAUUAUCCACCGAGCAGGAUCUGGAAUCUCGACGAAACUGGUGUCAGUACGGUUCAGUCGCGGAACUCGAAGGUGUUGGCAAGGAAGGGACAACAUCAAGUUGGAAAAAUGGCUUCGGCAGAACGCGGUGUCAAUACGACAGUAACGUUUGCCAUGUCAGCGGCAGGACAGUUCAUGCCACCAUUUUUCACUUUCCAGCGGCUGCGAAUGAACGAUGGACUGAAGACUGGUGCACCCCCAGAAUCGGCGUUCACAUGUAACGCUACUGGGUGGAGCACUUUCGAAACAUUUGGGCAAACAUUCGACCACUUUUUAAAGUUUGCUCGUCCGACAGUUGAGGACCCAGUACUUCUUAUUUUGGAUGGUCACGCGAGCCACACGAAGAAUUUAGAAGUGCUGGAGAAAGCCAAGCAAAACCAUGUCCGAAUAAUAUCCAUUCCACCGCACACAUCACACAAAACGCAACCUCCCGACGUGUCAUUCAUGGGUCCGCUAAAAACCUAUUAUGGGAAAGCGUUGAACAGCCGCAUGAAACGGAUGAAUGGAAAACCGAUCACGGCUUAUCACGUUGCAGGUUUGGUAAACGAAGCCUUUACUGCAGCAGCUACACUUAGUGUAGCUCAGAAUGGUUUCCGUAAAACCGGGAUCUCCCCAUACAACCGUCAUGUUUUCCAAGAAGGUGACUACGCCCCGGCGGAUUUCUUGGCUCAAUCAGUGAACCAAAAUACCUCGGAAUGCUCAGUUAACAACAAAUUAAUUUGUGAAACAGUUGAAGAUUCAUCAAGUGGUCCACAACAGUCAACAGGUAGCCCAGAAGAUUUGAUCACUGUCCCUGAUGUAAUUACAAUGGAGGCCAACUCAACUUUUUACUUCUUUGAUGAGAACGGAACCCUUACAUCACUUAUUGUACAGGAAAACGAUCAGGAUUACAGUUUCUUUGCAAAUCUUGAGGAUACUCUGGACGAAAACCAAUGUUCUGACAAUCUGGUUCAAACAUCGAUGGCUGCCAAUGAAAGCCUAGUUAAGGAUGAACUACCAUCUACCAUCAACCCACCGACUGCUGCGCCAAAGAAAACCUACCAGGAAAUCUCCGAGGACUUCAACGAAAACGAAGAAAACGUUCCACCAUCUAAAACCGUUACACCGUCGGCCUCGAAGCGCUGUCGAUGGGAUCAUGGGUUCCCGAAGCUACAAGACAAAUCAACUACUUUCAAAAUUCCUCCACGGAUGACCGAUCUUCACCCUGCCACCGGAAUACCAGAAAAGAGGAAACGCAAGACAACUAAUAGGACGCAGGAGUGUGCUGAACUGACGUCGUCUCCGCACCGGCAACAGGUGAAGCAAGCUCAGGCACUCAAGGACAUAAAAAACAUCAAGAAGAAACCCGGUCACAAACGCAAAUCGAAGGGAGACAGUAAGCUGGAAGAUGCUCUCUGUCCGACUUGUGGCUCGUCAUUUAGUUCUUCUUUGAACGGAGCUGGAUGGAAACGAUGCAUCAAAUGCACCGAGUGGUUUGAUGCCGAGUGUCAGUGUUCAAUUGCUGAUUCUCUGGCUUGCUAUAUCUGCAUCUAAAGGUCUGUUUUGUCGAGUGGACUCAAUUGACCCAGCUGUUGUCGAACUGAGCAAGUAGAAUAUAUGCUGUGAUAGAGGCAACUACUUGUUUUCAGUGCGGGUGAAAUAAAUCCCAUUUUCUACUCAACUCGACUUCUAAAAAUUGCCAAUAAUGUUUUGUUGUUUUUUCGCGAUUUUUUUUGUUUUUAUUUUGAA